GGUAACACAGCUCUAGGACUUCUCUUUUUUCUGUUUGCGCGUGCGUACAACGCACGUAGAUUUCGCUGUUUGACUUGUGAUAAUAAUUAAGUUUUGUUUUGCUUAUUCUAAGCCGGUAACCUUACAAUUUCCUAGAUUAAGUAACUAAGAUGUCCGAACGCGGACGUGGACGAGCCCGAGGGCUAGCAGGUAGAGGGGGCGAUAAUGCUGCAGCUCCGGCGCGUAGGCCUGGGGAACGACCCCAAGGCCCACCACAACAACAACAAGGUCCUGUGGGGCCCCGUCCUCAGCCACCUUCGGCAUGGGCACCACCCACUGUUGCCCCUCCGGUCAGAGCUGGGGUGCCAACGCCAACUGUGCAAGCCGGUAGAGCUUCUCACCGUACCACGCCUACCACCCAUCAAGAUCAUCCUGGGGAUGUUGAUGUUCAACAGAGGAUGCAGGCAAUGCAAAUUGGACAAGCCCAAGCCGGUGCUAGUGGCGAUCCAGGUUCGUCAGUGAUUGGUCGUGGAUCACGUCGUGGUGGCGGCCGAGUGCUGCCUGAACAAAUAACCGUUCUUAGGACUCGUCCUACUACUAUCCAGUCUAAGAAAGGUUCAUCGGGUACAGUAAUUGAUUUGAAAGCCAACUACUUCACUGUGCAGACUACACCACAGUGGUGCUUAUACCAGUAUCAUGUAGAUAUUACUCCCGAAGAAGAUAGCACCGCGGUUCGCAAAGGCUUGUUGCGUAUUCACGCCAAUACACUGGGAGGAUAUCUUUUUGAUGGCACAGUUUUGUAUACUGUGAAGAGAUUACAUCCAGACCCUCUGGAACUAUAUUCUGACCGCAAGACGGAUAAUGAAAGAAUGAGAAUUAUGAUCAAGUUAACUUGUGCUGUGAGUCCUGGCGACUAUCACUAUAUUCAAGUUUUUAACAUAAUAAUAAGGAAGUGCUUCAACUUGCUGAACCUCCAACUGAUGGGCAGGGACUUCUUUGACCCGGCGGCCAAGGUUGACAUACCGGAAUACAGACUACAAAUCUGGCCUGGAUACAAAACAACAAUCAACCAGUAUGAGGACCGCUUGUUGAUGGUUACUGAAAUCACUCACAAAGUUCUCCGCUUAGAUACAGUAUUGCAAAUGUUGAGUGAAUAUGCUGCAACUAAAGGCAGUCAUUACAAGAGACUGUUCUUAGAAGAUGUUGUAGGUAAAAUUGUUAUGACUGACUACAAUAAAAAAACCUACAGGGUUGACGAUGUGUCGUGGGAUGCUUCGCCACGUUCUACUUUCAAAAUGCGCGAUGAAAAUGUGUCUUACAUUGACUAUUAUUAUAAGAAAUACAACAUCCGCAUCCAGGACGCGGGGCAGCCGCUGCUGAUCUCCCGCUCGAAGGCGCGCGACGUCCGCGCCGGCAUGCCCGAGCUCGUGUUCCUGGUGCCCGAGCUGUGUCGCCAGACCGGCCUCACCGACGAGAUGCGCGCUAACUUCAAACUCAUGAAGGCUCUGGAUGUCCACACCAAAAUCGGACCUGAUAUUCGUAUCCAAAAGCUAUUGAGCUUUAACCAAAGAUUAAACAAAUGUCCAGAAGUAGUAAAGGAAAUGGGUGACUGGGCCCUUACUCUGUCCAAUGAGUUAGUGAGAUUCAAAGGACGUCAGCUACCUGUCGAGAAUAUUGUACAGGGCAAUAACUUGCGUUAUCCUGCUGGAGAUACCACUGAAGGCUGGACUAGAGACAUGCGCUCUAAACCAUUGUUGGAUAUUGCGCAAUUACCAUCAUGGGUAGUGAUUACACCAGAAAGGCAACGUCGUGAUGCUGAAAGCUUCGUUGAUCUGAUCAUUAAAACUGGUGGAGCUGUCAGUUUCCGCAUACCCAGACCAGAAAUCUUGCCCAUACGAAAUGACGGCCCUAUGGAGUAUGCUAAUGCUUGUGAAAAUGCAAUUGCUAGGAAGAACCCAGCAUUGAUUAUGUGUGUCCUGGCAAGGAACUUCCCAGACCGUUAUGAGGCCAUCAAGAAAAAGUGCACUGUUGACAGAGCUGUGCCUACUCAAGUUGUGUGUGCACGCAAUAUGACUAGCAAGUCUGCUAUGUCAAUUGCUACUAAAGUAGCCAUACAAAUUAACUGCAAAUUAGGAGGAGCACCAUGGCGAGUGGAUAUUCCAUUGCAGAGUAUUAUCGUAAUUGGUUAUGACGUGUGCCAUGACACACGCUCUAAGGAGAAGAGUUUUGGUGCAUUCGUUGCGACUCUAGACAGGCACUUGACGCGCUACUACUCAGCUAUCAACUCGCAUACGUCUGGAGAAGAGCUCAGCGCUCACAUGGGUUUCAACAUGGCUGCUGCAUUACGCAAAUAUAGGGAGAUUAACGGAGCUCUACCAGGACGCAUAUUUAUAUACCGUGAUGGUGUUGGUGACGGUCAAAUCCCAUACGUACAUAGUCAUGAGGUGACUGAGAUCAAGAAGAAACUUAAUGAGAUCUAUGGCGAUGCCGAGUAUAGGCUGGCGUUUAUAAUCGUCUCAAAACGUAUAAAUACGCGUAUUUUCUUAGACCGCGGGCGCACUGGUGAAAAUCCGCGACCCGGUACUGUAAUCGAUGAUGUCGUUACUCAACCCGAGCGAUAUGACUUCUAUUUGGUAUCUCAAAAUGUACGUGAUGGAACAAUAUCGCCAACUUCCUAUAAUGUUAUUGAAGAUACUACUGGAAUGCAUCCAGAUCGGCUCCAAUGGUUGACCUACAAACUCACCCAUUUGUACUUCAACUGCUCGUCUCAUAUCCGUGUACCGGCCGUGUGCCAGUAUGCCCACAAACUUGCAUUCCUGGCUGCUAACAGUCUUCAUAACUCGCCUCAUUACACACUCAGUGACACUUUGUAUUUCCUUUAAGUAUUUUUAGUUUAUAACGAGACCAAUUAGGUCAUUUUUUUGUGAUUAUCCAUUUUCUUAGUAUGGUAAGUGUAUCUCGGCUCCAGGGUUACAUUGACAGAAUCAUUGAAUACUUUGACUUCAUAUUGCUAAAUUAAACUUUAUUUAAAUACCAUUUUUAUAUACAAUGUUUAUUAGCUAAGUCAAAGUAUUUGUUCUUUGUAAGCCCUAAAAAUCGACAUUACAAAUGUCUUAUUUUAAGUUUUUUUUCUAUUGUUUUUUUUUAAGACUACAUGUGUAUGAGGUACUUGAACGGCCAGCAUUAAAAAAGACGUGCUUGUUAAUGGUUUGCCGAAAAAGCAAUAUCGACUUACUAUAUUACUUACAAAAUUAUGUCUCUUGUGAAGUCUUGUGUGAAUGAUUUGCUUAACACAAAAUAAUGCUGAGCGUUCAGGUAUUUAAUUACCUUGUUUCCAUAGUCUACUAUAGAGUUAGAUUUAGUUAAGACAGCUGUUGUUUGUGGAGAAGCUUUCCAAAAACAAGAUUACCUCACUAAAAUUAAUUGCCUGUUUCUAAUAUGUAUGUUGAUUAUUAUUAGUACAAUGUGCUAGUCACACACCACCGAUUAAAGUGUUGGAUAUGUAAAAUUGUUGUUAGUUUGUGCUUAACAUGAUACUUAAGUGAGAUUUGUUAAACAAAAUGUCAAAAAAUAUAUUCAAAAUUACAGUGUUUUUUUAAGUGGUAGUUGAAACUAUCAGUCUUCCAUCUUGACAGCGUUUUUGACGAUUUAUGUAUGAUUUUUACUAAGAAUCUCAAAAACAUUCUGUAACAUCGAAAUGUUAAACUUUUUUAUACUAAGUACAUUUUUUCUAUAA